AUGUACUCCAAAACAUUUAGGAAGACUGGGUUCUUCCUCCUUCUCCUCUUGGUGAUACAUGUUAAUGCCAAUGUCUGUUGUCACCCUACCCUGAGCGUCGCUCCAAAGUGCAUCAACAUCUGUACUUUCAAAACAUGUCCUUCUGGAUCAUAUUGUUCGGUUGACGUGAGUGGCAGACCAUUCUGUCAGGGCGGCGCUACUAGCUCUACUUCUGCAACAACAACCGUGUCGACCGCGUCCACAGUUGCUAGCACGGUUGCCUCAACCUCGGGUGUGUCAUCAACUGUUGCCACAACAACAGUGUCCACCGCGUCCACUGUUGCCAGUACUGUCGCUUCCACGAGUGUGUCAUCAACUGUUACCACCAGCACCUCUACUGUGACUACUGCUCCAACUUCAACAACAGUGUCAACUACCGUGACAACCACCGCAAGUACCACUUCGCCAGCAUCCACGAUCACUCAGACCACCACGGCCACAACAACAGUAUCCACUACUGCAAUGACUGUGACAACUGGACCUGUUACAUCUACCACUGUGUCAACUGCUUCAACAGUGGCCAGCACCGUUGCUGGUGUUACCUCAACUUCGGCAUCUACAACCGUGACCACCACUGCAAGCACUACCUCACCAGCAUCCACGAUCACUCAGACUACCACUGCCACAACCACUGUAACUACUACUGCAAUGACUGUCACAACAGGACCUGUCACCUCUACCGUUGCCUCAACCACUGCAUCAACAACUGCCUCGACAACCGUCAAUCCAACGUCAACAAUCACCCAAACUACCACGGCCACCACCAUUGCAUCGACUACUGUCAAGCCAACCACCAUCACCUCUACGACUGCCUCGACCUCUGCGUCAACGACCGCUUCAACAACUGUCACCCCAACGUCAACAAUCACCCAGACCACCACUGCUACUACCACCGCCACAACUACCUCGCAGCCACCAGUCUCAACUGUUACGACGUCUUCCACAACCACCAAGCCACCCACAACGACCGCCUCCACCGUUGCCUCGACAACUGCUACCACGACCGCUACACCAACGUCGACAAUCACUGCAACGACAACUGUGUCUACCACUGCCUCAACAACCAGUCCUCCAACCACCACUGGAUCUACCACAGCCUCGACCACCGGUCCUAUUGUGACUCCACCCCCAGUAAUUACCACUGCCUCCACCACCGAUUCUAAUCAGCAACCACUCUCCUUGAACGUCCAUGGAUUCAUUGACAACAACAAGGAUGGUACCCAAGGCAGCAAUGAGCCAUUUGCCUUUGGUGGCAAGGGCACUCUGACCAAGGAGGACGGAACUGUGCUCUCCAACAUUGGCACCACCAAUGGCCCCAAUGGUGUUCAGUUCAAGCUCACUCCAGGUCGUUACUGCCUCAACUUGCCAUACCGUGACAAUAACUACAAGGUUGGCCCACUUGGCAAGACCGGCUCCAACAAGGACAACAAGUUCGACGCAACCACCAACAAGUACUGUUUCGACCUCAAUGAGCAGACAGCCACCAACCGUGUCCUCAAUGUCAGUGUUGGAUACAUUCGCACCACACCACCCAAGUUGAAGCUGUUCUCAUUCGGUGACAACAACAAGAACGGCAAUGAUGACACUGGUGAACCAUUCUACUUCGGUGGUCGUGGCAACCUGACCAAGGCUGAUGGAACAUUACUCAAGUCAUUCGACUCGACCAACGGUGACAAGGGUGUUGACUUUGGAACAAUGGAUGAUGGAGACUACUGCCUGAACGUCGAUUACAGAGACGAGAGAUACAAGGUUGGCCCACUCGGCACCACCGGCACCACCAAGGACAACAAGAUUGACCCAGCCACCAACAAGUACUGCUUCACCAUCGGUGAGGAUACCAAGCUUAACAGCAAUAACGAGUUGAUUGUCAGAGUGGGUUAUGUACCCAAUGUCAAGCCCAAGUUGAAGCUCUUCUCAUUCGGUGACAAGAACGACAAUGGAAAAGAUGACACUGGCGAGCCAUUCUACUUCGGUGGACGCGGUAAUCUGACCAAGGCCGAUGGAACAUUGCUCAAGUCAUUCGACUCGACCAACGGUGACAAGGGUGUUGACUUUGGUUCUAUGGAUGAUGGAGACUACUGCCUCAACGUCGACUACAGAGACGAGAGAUACAAGGUUGGCAAACUUGGCACCACUGGCACCACCAGUGACAACAAGAUUGACCCAGCCACCAACAAGUACUGCUUCACCAUUGGCGAGGACACCAAGUUGAACAGCAAAGGUGAACUUAUCGUCCGGGUUGGAUAUGUUCCAGUUGUCAAGCCCAAGUUGAAGUUGUUCUCAUUCGGUGACAACAACAAGAAUGGCAAUGAUGACACUGGUGAACCAUUCUACUUCGGUGGACGUGGUAAUCUGACCAAGGCUGAUGGCACAAUGGUCAAGACCUUCGAUUCGACCAACGGCGACAAGGGUGUUGACUUUGGCACCAUGGAGGAUGGAGACUACUGCCUCAACGUCGAUUACAGAGACGAGAGAUACAAGUACUGCUUCACCAUUGGCGAGGACACCAAGUUGAACAGCAACGGAGAGCUGAUUGUCCGUAACGGCAAUGAUGACACCGGUGAGCCAUUCUACUUCGGUGGACGUGAGUAUGGAGACUACUGCCUCAACGUUGACUACAAGAACGACAAUUACAAGGUUGGCCCACUCGGCACCACUGGCACCACCAAGGAUAACAAGAUUGACCCAGCCACCAACAAGUACUGCUUCACCAUUGGUGAGGAGACUGAAUUGAACAGCAAGGACGAGCUUAUUGUCCGUGUUGGUUAUGAACACGCUGAUGGCACAAUGGUUAAGACCUUCGAUUCGACCAAUGGAGCCAAUGGUGUGGACUUUGGUGCUCUUGAUGAUGGAGACUACUGCCUCAACGUCGACUACAAGAACGAGAACUAUAAGGUUGGCAAACUUGGCACCACCGGCACCGAUAAGGACAACAAGAUCGAUCCAACCACCAACAAGUACUGCUUCACCAUUGGUGAGGAAACCGAGUUGAACAGCAAAGGUGAGCUGAUCAUCCGUGUUGGUUAUGAUCAAGUAAUCAAGCCCAAGUUGAAGCUGUUCUCAUUCGGUGAUUCCAACAAGAACGGCAAUGAUGACACUGGCGAGCUUUACUACUUCGGUGGACGUGGUAAUCUGACCAAGGCUGAUGGCACAAUGGUUAAGACCUUCGAUUCGACCAAUGGAGCCAAUGGUGUGGACUUUGGUGCUCUUGAUGAUGGAGACUACUGCCUCAACGUCGACUACAAGAACACCAACUACAAGGUUGGCAAACUUGGCACCACCGGCACCGAUAAGGACAACAAGAUCGAUCCAACCACCAACAAGUACUGCUUCACCAUUGGCGAGGACACUGUUUUGAAUAGCAAAGGAGAGCAUAUCGUCAGAGUUGGUUACGAUGCUGUCAAGGAGUACAGAAUGGCUGGCUAUACUUGGAGUGAUGGUAACGGUGAUGGAACAAACAACAACAACGAAGUCAAUAUUCCAGGAGCCACAGUGAGAGUCCUCAACGCUGACAAGGUAGUGAUUGCCAACUUUAUCACCACUGCGGACUACAAUGGAUGGAGGACUGGUGCUAUGGAAGAAGGAGAUUAUUGCAUUGAGAUGGAUGCUCCAGCUGGUUACGUGUUCACCAAGCCCAAUGCCGCAACAGCACCUAAUAGCAGAUUCUCGCCAGAGGGUGCUACCAACUCCACCUUCUGUUUCUCAAUUGACAAUGGCAAGCCCUCAAAUGGAACAGUUCUUAACGGUGCUGAUUACCGUGUCAACGCUGGUUUCAAGAAGACCAAGACCUACGCUAUUAGUGGCUAUACAUGGAAAGACUCGAAUAAGAAUGGAGUAAACGAUAACAGUGAAUCUAACAUUGCUGGAGCAACAGUCAGGGUCCUAGAUUCCAACAAGAAUUUACUUGGCACAUACACUUCCACUACUGACCGCAAUGGAUACAGGAUAACUGGUUUGGUUGCAGGAGACUAUUGUGUCGAGAUUGAUGCCCCUGCUGGAUACGUGUUGACCAAGCCUGAUGCUGCCACAAAACCAAACAGCAGAUUCUCACCAGAGGGUGCAGAGUCCGGCUCUUUCUGCUUUACUGCCAAUGGAAGUGAAAACAAAGGAGCUCCUAUUGUUGAUGGUGAUUACCGUGUCAAUUGUGGUUUUAAACCCAAAUAA